UCUACACUCCAGUUGUGGGUCAAGUUUACGCAUAACUUUCACCCUCGGCUGAACUUGGCAUGGGUAGGUAUCGCGCCUAACAUCUUCCACCUCGCAACCUCAAACUCACACUGGCACAGACACACAAACUCACGCGCAAAAGGUUCACCAUGUUCCAUCUGUUUUACGAUGCACUCGCAUGGACCAGCGACGCAGAUCCAGAUUGCGUAAGGAUCAAUUGCGCAGACGCAUCCGCUUUACACACUGGGCCACUGUGAUUCGACAUUUCUUUCGUUAUAAAACAAGAUCACCAGCGUUGAGGAUGGUCCACUUUGUGUUUGACCGCCCGGCACGGUAGCCACAUUCGAAGGGGCUUUUCUCUCUGAAGACACACAGCCGCCCAUCACAAGAAAUCAUGCAGCUCUUUGCAACCGUUUUGUUGUGUGUUGUCGUUACAAACUGUGCGGCACACUCCACCAACCUGGCACUCUUCACACCGUACGUACCGGUACACCCGCUCGAUGAAGGAUACUUCCCACGAACCCGCUAUUUUGAGAACUUGGAAACGGGCCUUCUACAGGAACAUCCGAUUGUGCGCUUUCCCGACACUACGCACUCACAUCCUUACUUUCCCACGGAACCACUGCUACACUUCCCACACCAACAGCCGCUCCCACAGCAACACUUUCACCAGCCCACCCAACACCAGCAGGAUCUGUUCCUUCCCGACGAUCGUUACCUAAGCUUUAUCGCUCCAUCCUCGCCGCUCGUUGCGUACGUCCCGGUGCACCGUGGUAAACCGGGCCCCUGGGCAGUGCCGAACGUGUUCAUCAAGGGCCAGGGCUACAGCACCAACCACUACGUUGCACCGGCGCUCAUGAAGAAGGUUCUCGCACAGGACCCACGCUAAUGCCUGAAAGCUUCUCAAACAAAUCAA